CAUCAUCCAUCAUCCACCAUGCCUCCCAAAAAAGACGCCCCUGUGAAGAAGCCAUUGGGACCUUCUGCCCCCAAACCUGCUGCCAAGCCAGCGGUGGCCCCUCCGGGAAAGCCCAAGGUCGAACCAGCUGCUGCCCCUGCCUCAGCAGCUCCCCCUAAACCCCAGGAGCCCCCCAUUGACCUCUCCAAAGUGGUGAUCGAGUUUAACAAGGACCAACUGGAGGACUUCAAAGAAGCCUUCCAACUAUUUGACCGGGUAGGAGAUGGAAAAAUCUUAUACAAUCAGUGUGGAGAUGUGAUGCGUGCCUUAGGCCAGAACCCUACCAAUGCUGAGGUGCUCAAGAUCUUGGGUCACCCAAAGAAUGAUGAACUGAACUCCAAGCGUGUGGACUUUGAGACCUUCCUGCCCAUGCUCCAGGCUGUAGCUAAAAGCCGGGACCAAGGCACAUAUGAAGACUAUUUGGAGGGACUUCGAGUGUUUGAUAAGGAAGGGAAUGGAACAGUCAUGGGGGCUGAACUCCGACAUGUCCUUACCACCCUAGGGGAGAAGAUGACUGAGGAAGAAGUGGAGACCCUCCUGGCUGGCCAUGAAGACAACAAUGGCUCCAUCAACUAUGAGGCCUUCCUGAAACACAUUAUGUCAAGCUGAGGCCCUAAGAUCCUACUUCUCUCCCCCCAGACGGUUUUCCUGCAUCCUGGAGAGAUGGAAGUCCUGUGCCUUAUAAAAAGUAGGCACUGAGUCAAUGUUUGUUGCUUUGAGAAUGAA